AUGGGCAGCCUUCUGUCCACGCCACAGCCGGACCCGGAGUGGAAGCCAGAAGCGCAGUUUGCGAUGGAAUUCUCUUGUUUCUGCGUCAUCUGCGGGUCGCCGUUCGAUCUUGAGGGUGAAGUGUACAACCUGGAUGCAGGAGCUACCCGCUACAAGUGGAUGCGAAACCAUCGCCUCAUUGCUAGCAGCCACGCUGUUCACUAUCACAAUCUAGAAGGCCUGUCAAAGGAAGAUUUCCACUCCGCCUGCUAUAACACCUCGGACAGUACCGAUGUCUUCCUCUCUGCAAGAGCAACCUGGAACGAGACGAACGACCAGCUGUUCCACAUUGAUGGGCUUUACCCGGAUACCAACAUUCCAUACACUAUCACGUUCAACGCUAUGCAGCAGAUCAACAACCACGACUCGAUCUUCCCUUUGCAUGAGACUUGUCUGCAAAUCAGCCGCUGCGCUAUUGAUCACCUUAGACCAGUCGCACUGGGUAGUCACGAACCCUCGAGUCUGUCAAUUCUAAACACGAUGUUACAAUCACGGUACCGGAAGAGCUCGAAGCGCACCAAACAUGAUGAUCUGAUUGCGAAGAAUGACUUGUUCGAUCUGUGCACCGCGACGGACACGAACGGACCCCGAAGUGUAGUAGGGCUGUCUCUUCUGGAAUGGUGGGCUGGUGGUUACGAGAAAUUCUACACGGAUCCAGUAAACGUACCAAACAUCACGACCUGCGUGCUUGACUUGCUCCAAAACACCACCGCCCCUAAGGCUUGCCGGCAAUCUUUCCCACCACCAUCUCGAGCCCUUGGCGCACUGGAACGGCUACCAAUUGAAUUAUUAGAUCAGAUCAGCACUCAUUUUUCGGCUCAUACGGCUCUCUCAUUGCAUCGAACGUCCAGGACGCUAGCUAUGAAAGUGCCGCUAGACAACAAUUUCUGGCGGAAAAGCAUCAUGAGUGGAAAUGCUCUCCCAUAUCUGUGGGACAUUGAUACAGAUGAGCUUGACAAACGACGUCAAGAGCACCUAACAGCUUCAGCUGACCCAGACGCUGCUUGGGACUGGGAAGUGGUUGGACACCUGCUAGCGACGAGACACUUCCCACUGAAGAGUUUGGACCCACGGAUAGUGGAUUUGCCGAAUGGCCUCUGGAAUCGUCGAAGAAUAUGGAGCAUCGUCGAAGAGGCUUACCGACGUGACAUCUCCAAAACUUUGACCAGGGACCGCAAUGCCAGUGCUCUUGAAGAGCGCAAGCGCCGCGAGCCAGUCUUCGAUUGGCAAGUGGAGGAGAUCAUGGAAGAUCUUGGGCAUUACUCUUGA